AUGAAUGCGAGUGGCUACUUCCGUCAAAACUACAGCACCGGCGGCCUUCGCCACUUGCAUGAGCAAUCCGGCGGAGAUGAUUCAGGCGUUACCGGAAGUUUGCUGGGAGGCGUUGCUGCCGGUGCUGUCCCACUCUCCACAGACAUGCCCGCUGGGCAGUCGCUGGAUGAAAUCGUCAGUCAGAAUGCGAAGGAGAUGCGCAGGAAGAGCGUGCCCAUGCACUACGGCGCCACCCGCGGUGGGUUAGAUGCAGACAUACGACGCGUUUCGAUGAUGGAGUUCAGUGGGCAGUUGAAUGGUGGCUCCUUGGACCACUUCCAGUUUGAUCCGGCUUCGGUACCGAACAUAGACUCCAUCACUACUUCUGGAGAGCCGGUCACGACGGGCCCCGAUUCCGGGACUGGGGUUGAGCCAUCCGAUGCAACGAAUAUGUCAGUUAACACUCAAUUCCGUGGCCUCGAGUCAGACUUUGCACCCCUGGUGACGACUGGUUCGGCCUACGAAUCCUCAGUCGAUCCCGAUGGAAACCUCGAUGUCGAUAUGAACAGCCCUUUCGAUCCUUCGAUGAGCAUGGAUUUCGGAGACCCGUCCCUUAUGUCCAUGGUCGGUACAGAUGUGAACAUGUUUGGCAGCAACCAGUUUGAAUCUUCCAUGAUGGGUUCGCAGAUGGAACAAAGCUUCGGUGGGGGCUUCCAGACAACUUCCCAGAAUCCAUUGUUGCUGCCAGGGCAAGAGGCUCCGAUGUCUCAAUCUCAGGAGGCGCAUGGCUCAAGUCUGGCCCCACCACAACAUAUAGUUAACUCACAGAUGCUCACUAUAAAUGAGCAGCGGGAGACGGGACAGACGUCUCUUCCAAACUCUACAGCUACUGUUCAUCCCACAGAGAGCCCUGAGCGUGCCUCCACCGACACCACCAAUGCUGCGGAGUCGAACCGCUUCCUUUGGCCAGUGCCACCAGGAGGAUUCCCCUCUACGAUGCACGGAAGACCGCAUAUGGAAUCGCAGUUCAAAAACAUAUAUUCCCCGUCUGGUUUUGACAUGGUCGGCGUCCUGACGCGAGUCGCCACUCGCCUGAAUCCGGAGAUCAAUAUUGGCUCCGUAGACUUAUCCUGUGCAUUUGUAGUCUGCGAUGCCACCGCGGACGAUCAUCCCAUCGUUUAUUGCUCCGAAAACUUCGAACGGUUGACCGGAUACACGAAGCACAUGAUCCUCGGGAGGAAUUGUCGGUUUCUGCAGUCCCCCGAGGGGAGAGUUGAGGCCGGAGUCAAGCGGAAAUAUGUAGACGACGACGCAGUGUUGUAUCUAAAGAACAUGCUCAGCAUGCGGCGCGAGGCGCAAAUCAGUCUCAUCAACUAUCGCCGAGGCGGUCAACCAUUCAUGAACCUUCUUACCAUGAUCCCUAUUAGCUGGGAGACUCCAGAAAUUAAGUUUUUCGUAGGAUUCCAAGUGGAUCUCGUCGAAACCCCCAAUUCCCUCACUAGCAAAAAUCCAGAUGGGUCGUAUACGAUCAACUAUCAGCGAGGGGUAACUCUUCCUCGCUAUACUUUGCAAUCACCCGCGCAACCUCAGCCGCCGGAAUUAGGCCAGACCGUUACUCGAGAUGAUGUUUCAACGGUGCUCACUACAAUCGGGACCGGGGAAUCGGAGCUCUCGAGGAGGAUUUGGGAUAAAGUUCUGUUGGAGAAUACGGACGACGUUGUCCACGUGCUGUCUCUUAAGGGCUUGUUUCUCUAUCUCUCCCCUGCUUGCCAACGGGUCCUCGAAUAUGAACCAAGGGAACUCGUUGGUACUGCUUUGUCCUCCGUUUGUCACCCAAGCGACAUUGUCCCGGUAACGCGGGAUCUUAAAGACACGGCUGGCGGGGCCGCAGUUAAUGUCGUCUUCCGCAUUCGCCGGAAACAUAAGGGGUAUAUGUGGUUCGAGUCGCAUGGGGCGCUCCAUACGGAGCAAGGCAAAGGCCGCAAGUGCAUUAUUUUAGUAGGGCGAGAACGGCAGGUGUAUACCGUCAGCAAGAAUGAAAUCUUGGCCUCGGGCGGGAUCGGUGAUAACGAGUUGUGGAGCAAGAUGUCGACUGCAGGAAUGUUCCUCUUCGUUUCCUCGAAUGUUCGUCAGUUACUGGAUCGACAACCGGACGAUUUGAUCGGAUCGAGUAUCCAAGCGUUAAUGAGACCAGAUUCCAAGGCUGAGUUUGGCCGAAUCCUCGAGAACGCCAGAACUGGAAAACGAGGAUCCGUAAAGCAUGAGAUGAUGAACAAGAGGGGGCAAGUUCUACAAGCCUACACGACAAUCUAUCCAGGUGACGCCAUGGAAGGACAGAAAUCUACGUUCAUCAUUGCCCAAACACGGUUCAUCAAGUUCAGUCGUGGAAACCAAAGUCUGCAAGCGGGCCUGACGAAAGACUCCUCCGUCUCUAAUCCGAGUACUGUGCACUCCAACGUCUCCGAUUCUACUACCGUCAAAGGGACCCAAACUUCACUAUCUUCGAUACCUGGUGGAGCAUUCGCCACGAGCUCGGAUGCGCUCAUUACGUUUGCAGGACAACAUGCAUUGGCAAUCGGACGGCAAGACGCCAAACUGGCGUCAGCGGAGAAUUUGUUCGACGAACUCAAAACGACACGCUCAUCGAGCUGGCAAUACGAAUUACGACAAAUGGAAAAGCAGAAUCGAGUUCUCGCGGAGGAAGUGCAAGGGUUGCAGGCGGCCAAGAAGAAGCGGAAAAGAAGAAAAGGUGCCGGCGAAAUGCAGAAGGAUUGUGCAAACUGUCAUACGAAGGUGACGCCGGAGUGGAGACGAGGCCCGAGUGGCAAUCGUGAUCUUUGCAACAGCUGCGGAUUGCGAUGGGCGAAGCAGGUUCGUCCAUCCUACCAUCCACUCUCGAAUCAUGGCGACAUGUAA